CAUUUUGAAGUUUCACCUCAACUUACAAGCUAAUUUUCAACUCCAAAUAUUCUUUACAUAUUGAUCAAUAUUUCUGACUUUGUCAAAGAGUUAUCAUUUCAGAGAUAGGACCUAAAAUGUCAUUAAAAAGGACUUUUUCAAAUUUUAGCUUGCUUGGUGAUUGGAAUUUCCGGUAAUCAGGAAUGAAUAUUUUUGACUAACACUUUAAUUUUGGAGGUUAUUAACAAAAUUAGGGUAACAUUAUACUGAUAUAAAAUAUGACUUCUAUAGAUGAAAGCAGUCUUUUAUUUUUUUACUUCUCUAAACGCCUCAAAAUUCACGUUUUCUGAACCGGAAAUUUAUUCAGUCCGUAUAGCUUUCAAAAUGGAUAACUUUCUAGAGGAAGAGUGCAUUGCAAAAUAUGCCGAAGCUCUGCAAUUAGAGGACAUAGAGGCCAAAAAGGACCCCGAAACCGAACCUUAUAAGUCGAAGUAUACGGCCAGAAAAAUUUACCAUGAUUUACUCACUGCUCUCAAUGAAAUUUCUCAAUCGAAUUCCGAUGAAAAUUCGGAAAAUUUUGUGAAAAUUGCUGCCGUUACUGGAUUGCUUCUCUACAAACUUGGGGUGAAUUAUAUUGACUGCGAGGAAGCGACUGAUGGCGAGCAGCAUUUAUCUAAGGCAUUGAUUGUCCUUGAAGCGUUCAAGUUACAUCCGUUGACCAUCAACACACUUCAAAAGGUCUACUGUCAAUUUGGCUUUUUGUGGACUUCACGUCGUCAGCAGAAAAAAGCCCAAGAAUAUCUUGAAAAGGGAGAAGAGGUGUACAAACAAUAUAAGGAACAGUGUGGUAUUGGACCGUAUGUAUGUGAUGAACUGCUAACAAAGUCGACGGAAAAUUUAGAUUCUGAAACUCUUAAUCGCAAACGAAUGGACAAUUUUGAAAGUGAUUAUACCCAUACACUUUACUAUUUAGCGCAAGUUUAUGGGGCGUUGGAGGAUACAGAUAAAUCAGCAGAGUAUUGCUGUUUAACAUUGACGAGACAACUAAACGCCAAUGAUUAUCAGCCUUUGGAUUGGGCUCUGAAUGCAGCCACCCUCUCACAAUACUAUAUGACUAAUUGUGACUACAAAACUGCUCGUCAUUGUCUGGCGGCAGCUAACGUCAUCCUUGCUGAAACGGGAGAGGUUCCUGACCAGGAACCCUCUGAAGAUGAAGGGGAGGCUGAGAAAAAUGAUCGAGAAAAAAUUCCAAGAGGAUGUGCAGAUAUCGCGCGGUGUUGGUCAAAAUAUGGAUUAUCUAUUUUGGAAGCAUCUAAGGAAAAAGUCCUCCGGGAACAUGAACAAACUGGUGCUCUACUAGCUAGUGCACAAAAUGCUGAAAACUCAACAAGUUCCAUUGACUUCAACUUAGAUGUCACGAAUACAGAAGAUAACAUCACCGCCAAUCUAGUUCUCGAUUUUGAGGAAGCCCGCAAGGUGUUCCUAUGUGUCCAGAGAUGGUUGAAUUCUGCAAAGGAAUUCUACAAGUUAGAUGGACAUUGCACUGAUUAUGUUGAGAUCAUACAAGAUUAUAGCAAAGUGUUCAAAUUGCUUUCUUUCUUUGAGAUGGAUUUUGAACGCCAGUGUAAAAUGCAUAAACGUCGCAUUGAUCUCCUUGAUGCUGUUCUGAAUGAACUUAGUCAGCAGCAUUAUCUUCUCAUUUGCCGUCAACUAAUCUACGAGAUAGCUGAAACAUAUGCUGCUAUCUUAGAUAUCAAAUCUGCAAUUAUCGAAUCAGAUCCAACAAUGCGUACACCACAUGCCAUCAAAAAAAUUAACAUGUUGGCUGCAAAUUCCAUUAAGUACUAUGUUAGAUAUAUGGAUACAUUGAGAGAUAUGAAAACCAAAAAACUGCCAGAUAAAUUCUGUGAAGAUGAUGAACGACCAGCACUUGUUGCCCAGUUCUGUAUUGGGCGUCUGUACGGCAAAUUCUUCUCCCCAGAUGUACAGCAAACAUUUCAGAACAAGAAAACCUCUUUCGAAUACUAUAAGUUUUUAGUGGAUUAUUGUAAAAAGCAUGACGAUGCUAAAGAGAAGAUGAAAGCAGAGUAUGAAAUAUGUGUAGAAAUGGUAGAUUUACUACCUGCAAAGUUAGAUCAAAUUCGAGCACAGUUAAAUUGAGUACACUGCACAGACAAUUUAGUACAGUUGAAUUGCCAUUGAAUUAUUCUAUGUUCUAUGAAAUGAAGACAUUUUUAUUGCAGUACUGUGAAUUGAAUUACUAGUAUUCUAUGAAAUAAAGACAUUUUUAUUGCAGCACUGUGAAUUGAAUUACUAGUAUUCUAUGAAAUGAAGACAUUUUUAUUGCAGUACUGUGAAUUGAAUUUUUCUAUGAUCUAUGAAAUUAAGACAUUUUCAUUGCAGUACCUGAGUACUACUGUACUAUGACAGCUUUUUUGUCAACAAUUUUGAUUCUGUGAAUUUGCGACAUUUAUCUUCGAAUUAAUUAAAUAUUUGAAAAAUAAUCAUUGUAAUGAAGUAAUCAAUGUAAAUAGACUAGAUGCGAGUAGAAAUAAUCUUGAUUUACGUCAUUAAAUAUUCAAGAUUCAGUCAAAGUGAUCUCAUAUUUGAAAUCUGCAUGUAAAAGUACAUCUAGAAAUAUGGUUUCGAAAAUUGUCUAUCAACUUUGAAAAUUAAAUUUUUUUAUGAAAAUUUGACUUCUUGUUCGGGUUGAUUCCCCAUAGACCCCAUGUAACAAAAUCAUAAAAAGUGAACUAUCUUCUCUUGUAUUGGACAGAUAACAUUUUCUUUUACUGGACAUAUUUUAAUUUGCAUAACUAUUAGAUAGUACAUAGGGUUAUAUGAAAAUUGAACCACGCAAAUAGAUGUAAUUUAAGUUAAAGAGAACUUUCUACUAUACCUGCCGUGCUAUCUGACCCAAAUGAGCCACCUGGUGGUGAAUCUGGUAACUACCUACUCGCAUCUGUGUUAUUGUUAUUCAUCAAUUUUUAAUCAAAGGAUGAAGCAAUAGAUUAGUUUGGAGCAACUUUCUGAAAAAUUGUCAUAAUUUUUACAGUACUUAUUUCUCCCAGCAUUCCAUAAUCAUAAUAUAAUGUAUUUAUCAACUGGAUUUUCAAUACAGAAGUGACCCUGAAGAGGCAAUAGUGUUCCAUGCCAUCAGGUUAUGCCUUAUUUCUGGCUAUAUUUCAUUUGUAAUACAUUUGUUUAGCUUUGAACGUUUGGCAAUACAGUAAAACCUGUGAAAAUGGAAUACUAG